AUGUUUGURUUGUCACAAGUAUUUUCGUGGAUCAUAUCAGAUAURUGGACAACAAUAAUAAGUUUAUUAAUUGGUUAUGUGGUCUACAAAUUGGCAAAAUUUUAUUACCAAUAUUAUAGUCUACCUCCCGGUCCAUUCCCAUUACCAYUGGUCGGCAAUUUGCUGGGAAAACUGUUGGUUUUAGCUUUUGACGAAUUGAUAACAUGUUUAGUGCCCUCUAAAGUACCUACAGAAAAUCAUAUUCAAAUAGUAUUAUUUUUGCCGAUUACGGCAUUUUUUUGGGAAACAUUGCAACGUGUGGCACACGCGGCCAUACAAAAAUACUCAACUAAUGAACGAUUAGUUAACGUAGCGGUCGAUUGUGUGGAUAAAACAGUGAAAACAAUGUUGGAAAUGGAGGGCCCAAACAAACCUAUCGAUCCAUUAAAUUACAUAUAUCUUACGUUUCUUAAUAUUUUGGCAAAUAGUAGUUUCGGACAAAACUAUAAUAUUGAUGACCCGGAGUUUAAACAAUUAAAAUAUGUGUUAAAAGAUUUAAACGAAGAAUUUGGUCCACGAAUGUUGUURUGGGARUUCUCACCAAUUGUUCGAUGGAUUGAUAGGAAAAAUGUGACAAAAUGUGAUCAAUUAUUUGAUGAUUUUUAUAAUCUAUUGCUUGAGAAAUAUAGAUCACAUUAUAAAGAUUACGAUUCAAAUAUUGAAAGAGACUUUUGUGAUGCACUCAUAACUGGUAAAAAUGAUGCGCUUCGGGAGGAAAAGAGUCGACACCCUUUCUGA